AUGGACCUCAACAGCACUGAGUCCUUGGUGUUCAUCAAUACUUCAUUCCCCCUCCUGCCUGUCAUAGCCAGUCCCACUAACAGGAGUGGCAUGGAAGCAUAUCUUCAGAGACUGGCUCAUUUAGACGAGGGCCUCUACAACGACUUCUACGGCUUCUGGAUCGCACUCAUGGUCAUAAACUCUCUUAUAUUCCUGAUGGGCAUGGUGCUCAACGUGGUCGCACUGUAUGUGUUCUGUUUCCGCACCAAGCAGAAGACCACCUCCGUGAUCUACACCAUCAACCUGGCGGUGACGGACCUCCUGGUGAAUCUCUCACUGCCCACUCGCAUCCUGCUCUACUACAGCGGAGGAGCCUGUCUCACCUGCUCCUACCUGCACAUCUUCAGCUACUUCGUCAACAUGUACUGCAGCAUCUUGUUUCUCACCUGCAUAUGUGUCGACCGCUACCUUGCCAUCGUCCAGGUUGAAGCUUCCCGUCGGUGGAGGAACUCCACCGUGGCCAAAUGUGUGUGUGUCUCUGUCUGGCUUUUUGCCAUUGUGGUCACCUACUCCUUCCUCUCCACCGCUUUCCAGCACACGGGCUGCUGCCUGUCCAAGCUCCUCUUUCUCACCAUCAUGGAGUUCUUCCUACCCCUCGUCAUCAUCGUGGUCUUCACCGUGAGGAUCAUGUGGGCCCUUGCCGACCGUCGUUUGAUGCAGCAGAGCAGGGAGAGGAGGAGGAGGGCCGUCCAGCUGCUGACCACAGUGCUGAUCAUCUUCACCGUGUGCUUCACACCCUUCCACAUUAGACAGGUGGUGGUGUACUUCUACCCUGACAUGCCUCAUCAUGUCAUUGUCUAUCACUUAACCGUCACUCUCAGCAGUUUGAAUAGCUGCAUGGAUCCUGUCGUCUACUGCUUCGUUACAAAUAAUUUCCAAGCCACGAUGAGACAUCUUUUUCGUCGUGCAGAGCCAGAGCACACCAGCGGCGACAUCAUCAGCAUGCAGCACAGCUCCAAGGCCUCGGGAGCCACGGCCAACGCCAUCGCUAAUAACGUGAUAAUGAUGACCAACAUCCCCGCUCCGCUACAGAGGGACACUCCGGGGAAGAAACACACCGCAUAA